AUAGUACGGUCCACAGAAGUAAUAGAAGUGGCUUCUUGACAACACUUCUAGAAUAGAAUCCGGCCUAUAAUACUCCGUAUACUGAAACGGUCUGCCUGUUGUUAGGAAUGUUAGCUGCCAUCAUUUUAAUCUUUUCGAACUUUACCCAAAUAAAAUAAAAAUCCCAAAUUAAAUCUCUUAGAUUUUACACAAUCCCUAUUCCCUAAUGAGCUCAUUCAUCCAUACGACAAUAAGAGCAAGAAAACAAUAAUUCCGGAGAAAUGUUCGCCGCAGCCUCAUCCACACACCUACUCUUUCUUCCAAUCCUUCUCUUCAUCUCAUCUGCUUCGGCGGCCGAUGAUGCUUGCCGGCCGGUCUCCUGUAACGACAUGGGGCCGGAAAUCCGGUUCCCCUUCCGGCUAAAAGGCCGGCAGCCGGCCCGGUGCGGCUACCGGGGAUUCGACCUUACCUGCAACGCCAGAGGGGAGACGAUUCUCACACUCCCCAAGUCCGGCGAGUUUGCGGUGUCAGAAAUCGUUUACAUGUCCCAAAUCGUUUAUCUGUACGACCCAGAUUUCUGCCCCGGCAAGAAAUUGCUGAAUUUCAGCCUCGCCGGCACGGCGUUCCGGGGGGCGUCGUCGCAGCGCUACACGAUCUUGCGGUGUUCCAGAGAUUGGAGCGAGUACACGGGUUAUCAUGCGAUCCCUUUGUUCUGCCGGGAGGACAUGAGUUCGAACAAUACGAUGUGGGCGAUGACUCCUCGGGCGUAUGCCCGGGAAAAGCCGCCGGCAUGUCGGUCGGUGAAGAAGAACGUGACAAUACCUUUGAGUUGGGAUGUUUUUUAUCAGUUCUGGGGACCUUUAAAGCAACUGCAGUUAACGUGGGAUACGCCGGACUGCCGGAAUUGUGAAGCUGAUGAUCAGCUCUGCGGCUUCAGGGGUGAUUCCGGCGGUGAUAUUGUCUGUUCCAAACGCCCUUCCAAAGGGAUUCCUCGUGGCAUCAAGUAUGGAAUCACCAUCGGCAUAGGAAUACCGGGGCUAGUCUGCAUGAUUGGGCUAGUUUGCUUUGCAUGCGGCAAAAUUAGGGAUUUCAGCCUGGACCGCCGUCUAAGGUCGAUGAAUCUUUCCACCACCGGCGGCAUCACCCUACAACCACCGCUAGCUAUAGCCGGUUUAGACCGCCAAACCAUCGAGUCGUAUCCGGUAACCGUUCUGGGCGAGAGCCGGCGGCUUCCGAAACCAAACGACGGACUUUGCCCGAUCUGCCUGUCGGAGUACGAGGCGAAAGAGAGUUUGAGGAGCAUACCGGAGUGCAACCACUACUUCCACGCCGAUUGCAUUGAUGAGUGGCUGAAGCUCAACGCCACCUGCCCCCUGUGCCGGAACUCGCCGGAAAGCCCGUGGACGAAUACCCCCUGCUCGUCGAUGUCCUUAUCGUCCACUUCGUUGGCAUCCUCUACCAGUACUUAGACCACAUUUUCAGUGGCCGGAAAAAGUUUGUUCAAUUCUGAUUAAGCAUUUUGUAUUUUGUAUUUUGUAUAGAGAGAUUUACGUUAUUCAUUGUGUGUACUGUAGUCUGUAUAGGCUUAAUGAAUUACUGGUAACAAUCACACACACACACACAUACACAGUUUUUCAAAUACAGUUCCGCUCAUCAGUAUAUCUAUUCCAAUAAUAUAUUU